AGGAAAUGGUCCUUAAGGUGACAACUGUGAACCUUUGUUUUAAUUUAAAGGUACAAAAUUAGUUCUGACAGCAAAGGGUACAUAAUUGUACUUUUAACAAGCUUAAGGUACAUUAUGCAGCAAAUCAGAGAUCACAAAAUCAUAAUUUAAAAGCCAUUGGCUCGUCUAUUCAGAAGGCGGGAUAUCUUCUUUGCACGUUGCACAGUGAGUACACAUUCUUUCUCACUUGCGUGCGUGAAAUGAGCGAAAAUGUCGGUUAAUUGUCCAUCCCUGUCGAGUUUUUCCACGGAUGAACUAAUUCUGAAAAUAAUUGAAGCUGGAAUACAGAUUAACGAAGAAGAGGCAAGGAAAUUCAGGGAAAAUGACGUAGAUGGAGAAACAGUGGAUUGUGGACUCACUGAAGCAAUGGUUGGCUAUCUGUUUGAUGGUUCCUUCAAAAAGCAACUAAAAUUUCAACAGUUUGUACGCCAUUACAAGGAGAAUGAGACCAUUGUUGUAUUGGAGCCAGUACCAGUUAAAGUCGCUCAGUCUACGGCAGAUCUCCAGCCUCAUCCUUCCACUGAUCCAAGUGUUGAAGCAGCUCACAGGGGACUACCUAUUGUGACUGUCAUUCCAACCUUUCCCAAAGAUGUCCAGGCGAGACUUGACAUCAAGGAACCAUGUCACACAGUGCCAAAAGUACGCAACAAAAUAAUAAGAACGCUGUAUGAAAUGAUGGCAGAAUACACUUUAUAUCCAACUAAUGCAGAGUAUAUUCAAGUUGCCAAGGCACUGAUAGUGAAAUACCCUUUCCUGAGGGAUAAGGAGGGAAAUGGCUAUCACACCUGGCACAUGUCUUUAAAGCGAAAAUUUAAAGCAGAACGUGCACCACUUGUCAGCGACAGUGAAGUAAGAAAGCUCAAGGAGAAGUUUGGCCAUACAAAGCAGUCCAGAUCCACCAGUGCAUCUGCGAGCUCGUGUCGAAAGCCAGCUAGGGAAACUUGUGUUGGGGAGGAUUCAACGUCUGUUGAGGUCCAUGUGAACGUUCUACAAAGUGAGUAUCAGAAGAAACAUCCAGACAUCUCGACUGUCAAAGACCGCAUGGCACGAACGUUCUCCUGGAGACGUCGAGAAAUCAUGGAAGGAAUGUCUGUGGAGGAUGUAGUCAAAAAGUACCCAUACUUAAGAACGCCUAAUGGAUUUUUUGAUGAGAUUGACCGAAUCCAUCCCUCACCAAGCAGCUUCUGUCAUCGCUUCAGAGAGGGCUUCGCUAGAGUUCUGCCAAAUGUGCUGAAACUUGCCACAGCAAAAUCCCCCCUAGCAAAACAGUACACUGAAACAAGACAGGAUGCCCUGGCUGAAGAUCUACCAGGAAUUGACUUAAGGGCUGGGCUUAUCUUCUUGCCAUUCAUCUUCAGAGAAAAGAUUGAACACUACAUUACUAUGAAAGAGGAGGACCCUGCUACCCCCUUUCCAACCAUUCAACUGAUGGAGAAUGACUGGAAGAUGGCAAUCAUUGGAAGAGGGCACAGCGUGGUGAAGGUGGAUGGCAUGGUUGUGUGCCAGUGCACCAGCCUAGACGAGGCCUUCAUGACUGCCUUCUGUAUGUAUUUUACUUUUAACAUCACAUAUCCACCACACCUGAAGAACACUCUCACUUUUCUUCAGAGGAGCAUUGUCAACAUCGUGGAGGAGGGAGACAAGCCACUGCCAGUCACUUUACUAAGGAUGAUAAACCUUUUAUAUUAAAUUCUCAUCCCUCAAAUGUACCAUUGCCCAAAGUGCACACGGAGGACAUUCAGUCUCGUUAAAUUAAUCCAACAUGUUGGAAUCGUUCAUGCGCAUCAAUCAAAUUUUAAUAUCACCUGUAGUAUAAAUGAGUGCCAGUCAACUUUUUCGCGUUAUCAUUCUUAUAGAAAACAUGUUUACAGGAAGCACAGAUCCUUUGUUUUUGGACAAUCUGAUGACAAAAAUGACUGUCCCAGUGAAGAAGAGUCAGCAGUACAGCAACACAGCUUUUACCCUGAUCAGCAAAAUUCAUCUGAUCCAAAUUCCUCUGAUCCUCAAGUUAUGCCACUUUUAGAUAAACUUUUAGAAGAUUUCCAAGAACAUCUAUUUGGAUUCAUUCUUAAAUGCAGAGAGAAAAACCUUCUACAUUUGUCAGUCCAACAAGACAUUGCAGAUGAUGUCAAAUUUCUCUUUUCUUUUUUUAAAGAGAACUAUGAUGAUUUUAUUUCUCAUCAUCUUGAAAAUAGUGGUUUUGAUAUUUCAAAGUGUCCUGAACUUCAGCAGGUUUUGGAUUCAUCUGAUUUCUUUGAUAAAGCUUUUGAGGUGGUUCGUUCUCCACAUAUGAUUAAAGAACAUUGUAAGGCCAAGAUGGACUAUACAGAACCUGUUCACCACACACUGAGAGGCCCUUCAGGGAACAAAAUAGGAACCUAUUCCUAUGUUUCCAUCUCUGAAGUUUUAAAAAAAUACUGUUCCCAUGAAGAUGUCUGGAAUCAAAUACUAUCUGAAAAUAACAAGGUCCAAGAUGAACUGUUUCUGAUGGACUAUAAAGAUGGCCUUUAUUUCAAGGAACAUUUGUUUUUUAGAGAACAUCCAGAUGCUUUAAGACUUCAUUUAUAUGAAGACGAAUUUGAAAUAGUUAACCCUUUAGGUCCUAAGAGAAUGAAGUAUAAGUUGUGUGGAUUUUACUACACAGUUGGAAAUUUAGGUGGAAUGUAUCGAUCUCAUCUUAAGCACAUUCAUUUAGCUCUGCUGGUUCGUCAUUCCCAUUUGAAAGAGUUUGGUAUGGAUAUCGUAUUAAAACCAUUGAUAGAUGACCUAAAACAGCUUUCAACUGAUGGCUUCACUGUGAAUGUCUGUGGAACAGAACACAAAGUUUAUGCUGCUUUAGCAACGUUUUCUGCUGACAAUCUGUCAUCGCAUAUGAUUGGUGGUUUUCGCAUGUGUUUCAACUCGGGUCGAAUUUGUCGUUAUUGUAUGGCAACACAUUCAGAAAUUAAUCAAAAUUUCCAGGAAGAUAGUUUUGUUCUAAGAACAACUGAAGUCCACGAAUAUCAUCUCCAGUGUGUCCAGCAUAACAAAGAAAAUGCUGCUUUGUAUGGUGUACGCAGCACUUGUUCAUUUGAUGCGCUAGGUUAUUUUGAUGUGACCAAGUCUUUGCCCCCAGACAUCAUGCAUGAUAUGUUGGAGGGAGUUUUUCCACUGAUAUUGAAGCAUGUUAUUUGCGAAGCUCAUAAACAAAAGCAUAUAACUGUAACUGAGAUAAAUGAAGAGCUUCAAAAAUUCUCUUUUGGUCAGAAUGACAAGGCCAAUAAGCCUGUGCUGUUGUCUGAACGACUUCUUCACACCUCAGGGAUCAUAGGAACAGCUGCUCAGAAAUGGUGUCUUUUCAGAUUGUUGCCAUUUAUAAUGGGUCAUCGUGUUCCUCCUGGCACCAGAUAUUGGCACGUGUUCUUAUUAUGUAAAGAGAUUGCAGAUAUUGUCAUGGCAGCUAAGUUGAGGAAAGAUGAACUAGCAAAUCUAGAAGUACUUGUACAUGCAUUCCUUUCAGAGAUGACAGAAGUAUUUGGAAGUGUUUUAACACCUAAAUGCCACUAUCUUAUACAUUAUCCCAGAUUAAUGUUAAUGUACGGUCCUCUUCGUUCUCAUUGGUGUAUGAGAUUCGAAGGAAAACAUCAAUAUUUUAAGAAUCUGACUUAUAACUGUCGAAGUUUUGUAAAUGUAACAAUGACUCUGAGCAAUCGGCACCAGUUCAAACAAUGCUGGGAACUUUCACCAGACAAUAUCUUGGGUGAUUGUGAAAAGGUGCCAGGUAGAAGUAUAUGCACACCCUUAUUGUCUCUACCCAUUGAUCUUCAGACUGCUCUAAGAGAAAAUGGCAACUUCAGGGAUGUAGAAUUUGAUGGCAAAUUAAUGCAACGUGUCUCUCAACUGACUGCAGACAAUAUCAAGUAUACUGUUAGUGACGUGUUGACGUUAGACCUUUUACAUGUUGAAAAAAUUCCUGUGUUUGGCCAGAUCAAGUACAUUCUUAACAUUGACACCACAUGGGUGCUUUGCAGUAAAAUCUUGCUUCCGUUGUCCUUUGAUUCACAUUUUCAUGCAUAUCGUGUAAGAGUAGACAGUGACUGGAUUUUGCUCAAACCUGGAGAUGAGUUUGACCACACAUCACUUGACACAUAUACAGUUGAUGGUAAUCUGUAUGCUGGAUUGAGACAUUUUGUAUAAAUGCUUGUAGGUUUUUGGCAAGGUCAUAUGAUGAGGAUGCUUAGUGUACAAGUAUUAAUAGAGAGAAUUGUUCCCCCCUUUAUACCUGCCAUUACAGUCAUAGUUCAACCAAAAAUGAAACUUGUCAUUUACUCACCCUCAUGUUGUUCCAAACCUAUAUGAAUUCUUUCUUCAAUUGAACACAGAAGAUAUUUUGAAGAAUUUUGGUAUCCAGACAGUUGUUGGUAGCCAUUGACUUGCGUAGUAUUUUUAUUGUUUUCCUAAUAUGGAAGUCAAUGGCUACCAUUAACUGUCUGGCUACCAACAUUCUUCAAAAUAUCUUCAUUUAAUUAGAGGUUUGGAACUACAUGAGGAUGAGUAAAUGACAGAAUUAAGUUUUUGGGUAAACUGUCUGUUUAAUGCAAGUCUUCCGUCCAGAUUUUUAUCAGAUAUGUGGUUUUAAUGUUCAAAAUACAAGUUGACAUACUGAUAAUCAGUGAUGGUUGGUCUAAAGAGGGACAAAAGUAAAAACAAGUCUGCAAAAGCGAGGAUAGGAUGUUAAAAUGCCUGAGUUUAGUAUUUAAAACUGAUUAAUGAACUGCUCAUUGGGCCCGAUGAUUUCAGUUUUGUAUUUAAGCUCUGAAGGAAUUGAAAUGCAUUGUACAUGUUCAUUUUAAAUAUUCUAAGUGGUUUUAUACAGAACAUCCAGUAUAUGAGUUGAAUUGCUAAUGUUCUGUAUUUUAUUCAAGAAUUGUUACAUUUUGUUUAAAUGCUUGUAAAACAUGCACUAUGUUUAGCACAGGAAUUGAAAUUCUGUGUUAAUUGAAUUGUUAGUGUGGUACAGAAUAUCUAGUAUUAGUUAUAAAACUGAAUUGAGAAUGGUCUGUACUUUAAUACUCAAAUUUGUUAUUUUUGUGAUUAAAAAAAAUGUGAAAAAUGCAUUGCCUAUGUUUUGUAUUUAAACAGGUAACAAAAUGCUCAAAGCCUAAUGCCUCUGAAC